AUGGACAAGUUGGUCGAUUGCAUUUCGCACCACUGGCGGAAGCCCGCAGCAUUGCAUGGGCGUAACGAGGCGCAUGCAUCCGCCAGCCGUGUUGGCCAGUCCCGCACGGCGCGGACGCGCCCUUUGCAGCAGGGCAAGGCACGCUCGCCAGAUCGCGUCGCCCAUCGCUCAGCCCACCUUCGCCGCACAUACGCGCGUUUUGCCAUUUUGGACGCGAUCCCGCAGUGGGUCGCGAUUGCCCAGGUCGAGCACCUGGUCAAGCGCAGGGCCCUGUCGCUGGCUCGCGUGUGGCGGCGCGGGCCAUGGGCGGAUGUGGCCGCAGCUCGCAGUGCUGGCGGGGCGAACGCGCGCCAAGUCUCUGACGAGCCCCUGUGCUGCCAAGGCAUGAUCGACGAGCUCGCCGCAACCGGGAGAUGGGCGAGCUGCAUUGCUUGCGGGGGCAGUGUGGUGGCGGGCUCCGCUGGAAUGGCUGUUAACCAGGUCGAGCACGUCACUCAACGGGAGCGUGUCUGGCGCUCCAGGUCCGCAAGGGUGGCGGGGCGCGCUGGCGCCGAGCCGGAGCAGGGUGCGGAGGAACUGUUGGCACUCGAUCAGCAGAAGCACGGUGUCGUGCAUUUCGCCCAUCUGGAAAUGGAUGGUGGCCGCACCGAGCCAAUGUACAGCCGUGAGCUCUGCACGGUACAGCGUCAAAGCAUCGCGCUGCAGAAAAGGACCGACUGCCUCGCGAGCGACCUGGAUCCACGCCCUCUCCACGACGAAUCCGCGUCGAGGUCUGUCCGCAGUAAGCUGGCGCGCCGCCUCCACAGCUGCGUGCAGGCUUGCGGACCGGUGCCAGCAGUGCGGCAAGAGCGCCUCGUCGGGGCGAACCUCUACCGCACCAGCAACUACUACUACUGGUGCCGACGAUGUGCCCUCGAGCUCGCGCACGAGCCUGUCCGCCGCGUCGGGGUAACAUUGGCGCAACACCGAGGGCGCCGCCGCCCAGUAUGCUGCCGGCGCUACCCGCUCAGCUGCCAAGAGGCCAAGAAUGGCCAAGACUUCCCAGGCUCGGCAGCCAAAAGGCAACGCUGCGAGCAACCGCCUAGGUGCCUGGCGUGCUGUGGGGCGGUGGUGGGCGCGGCGGCGACGACGGCGGGUGGUUGGUGGGGCGGGCGGCGGUCGGUGCUCGUGCUGGGCAUCAUCCGCUAG